CCGCGGAGGUGGCUUCUAAAAUCCUCCCAGUGGCGUGGGGAGUUAGCGGCGGGUGCGGGCCCCCGAGCUGCGUUAAAGUGGGUACCGCACCGGGUGACUCCGUGCGUUGCGCAGCCUGGCGGGGCUGUCCCGCACCAGGACCCCGGCAAUGUCUGGCUCCCAGGCAGCGCUGGCCGUAGCGGAGUGUCGGCUGCGGCGCUUACCGGGUUAAGCGCCAGCCUCCGGGGCCUCCUGUGCCCGCUCAGAGACGCCUCCCGGCCCCUCCCAGCGCCCCCGACCCGGCCGCGCGGGGAUGAGGCGGCGCAGCGGCACAAAGGCUCCUCGGGGGCUGCCCGUUGCCUAGUGCGGGCGCGGCCCGGCUCCCCCUCCCCUCAUCCAGCUGCCCGGCGUCCCUCUGGCUCCCCCGUCACCGGCUCCCCCCCCUUCCCGUGUCCUCCAAGCUCCCGCACCACGCAGCGGUCCCGGGUCCCUGCCCUGCUCCCACGGCCUCCUUUCCUCUCUCCCUGGGAACCGGCAGGCGGGAUCCCCCGCCUCCCCUCCCCGCUCAGCUCGGGGCCCCGUGGGGGAGGAUGUCGGAGGAUCACGAAAUGGAUAAAAUGAUUAAGGAAACCUCCAUUUUAGAGGAGUACAGCAUUAACUGGACUCAGAAGCUGGGAGCUGGAAUCAGUGGUCCAGUUAGAGUCUGCAUGAAAAAAUCUACUCAAGAACGGUUUGCACUGAAAAUUCUUCUUGAUCGUCCAAAAGCUAGAAAUGAGGUACGUCUGCACAUGAUGUGUGCAACACAUCCAAAUAUUGUUCAAAUAAUUGAAGUUUAUGCUAACAGUGUGCAGUUCCCUCAUGAAUCCAGUCCAAGGGCUCGGCUUCUAAUUGUAAUGGAGAUGAUGGAAGGGGGAGAGCUAUUUCACAGAAUCAGCCAGCACCGGCACUUUACUGAGAAGCAAGCAAGCCAAGUAACAAAGCAGGCAACUUUGGCUUUGCAGCACUGUCACACAUUAAACAUUGCACACAGAGACCUCAAGCCUGAGAAUCUCCUCUUCAAGGAUAACUCUUUGGACGCUCCAGUUAAGUUGUGCGACUUUGGAUUUGCCAAGAUAGACCAAGGUGACUUGAUGACACCCCAGUUCACUCCAUACUAUGUAGCACCUCAGGUACUGGAGGCACAAAGACGACAUCAGAAAGAGAAAUCUGGUAUUAUCCCUACCUCACCAACACCCUACACUUACAACAAGAGCUGUGACUUGUGGUCCCUGGGUGUCAUUAUUUAUGUGAUGCUGUGCGGAUACCCUCCUUUUUACUCCAAACACCACAGUCGGACAAUUCCAAAGGACAUGCGGAAAAAGAUCAUGACAGGAAGUUUUGAAUUUCCAGAGGAAGAAUGGAGCCAGAUCUCAGAAAUGGCAAAAGACAUUGUGAGAAAGCUGCUGAAGGUAAAGCCCGAGGAACGGCUGACUAUAGAAGGAGUCCUGGACCAUCCCUGGCUAAACUCCACUGAAGCUCUCGAUAACAUUUUGCCCUCUUCCCAAAUGAUGAUGGACAAGGCAAUGGUUGCUGGGAUACAACAGGCUCACGCAGAACAGCUUGCUAACAUGAGAAUCCAAGACCUCAAAGUCAGCCUCAAACCCCUCCACUCUGUCAACAAUCCAAUUCUACGCAAGAGAAAAUUGCUAGGCACUAAACCGAAGGAUGGUGUCUAUAUCCACGAUCCUGAGAAUGGAAGCGACGAUUCCAAUGUGGCUCUGGAAAAACUCAGAGAUGUCAUUGCACAGUGUAUUCUACCACAGGCUGGAGAGAAUGAAGAUGAGAAACUGAAUGAAGUGAUGCAGGAAGCAUGGAAAUAUAAUAGGGAGUGUAAGUUAUUGCGAGACACUCUACAGAGCUUCAGCUGGAAUGGCAGAGGAUUCACAGAUAAGGUGGACCGGCUAAAGCUGGCAGAAAUAGUGAAACAAGUUAUUGAAGAGCAGACAAACUCCCAUGAUUCACAAUAGCUAGAGCUUCUUACUAUUUUUUUUUUUUUUUUUUUUUUACCAUUUGAAAGCUAUUCUUUAACUGUAAAAUAUUUUUUAUGUAAAUUAAUAAAUCAUAAUUAUUUCAUUAAAUUUCCACACUGCUUGAAAAUCCUGUAUAGUUGUAGAUACAAAAAUCAUUGGUACUGUAAUAUUUUUUUAAAAACUCAGUUCCUCAAGGUAUAUAUGAUCACUCAUGUACUGUUAAUUCAUGAGUCCCUUGAAUGGGACAAAUUAUAUUGUUAAAGACCGUUUGUUUUCUUAAUAACCAGAUGCAGAAGCAGCCUUCCGUCUGCUAUACAGACAGCUGAGACAACUACAGUUUUAGCAUUUUGCUCAGUAAAUAUUUGAAGCAAGUGCCAUGGAACAAACUUCAUAGGCAUCCUUUUUACCUAAAAUCUGCAGCCUUGUAGUGACAGCAGAAUAACUUUCUCCUCUGCCAGCUAACCCAAGAGCCACUCUUAGCAUUGCUAAGGAGACACGUACUCAAGUCCAUACUCUUGCUAUAAUUUUCAGUUCUGAUUGGUAAUUCUGUACCUCUCUUCUCCAGCUCCACAUCUUGCUCCUGGCUUCACCAGGACUUGAGUGGGUAAUUCAGCAUCAGAUGCCUGGUCUUCAUUUUAAAAUAGUAGGGGAGAACUUCAGUAACUUGUGCUUAUUGUUUUUAUUUUAAUAGUGAUCUCUCCCUCAGGCAGCAACAUGUGGGUGGAUUUAUUUGCCUUUUCCCCAGAUGAAUAGUUGAGCCUGAGUUUUGUUUUUUUUCCACCACUCCACCAUUUUCCUUCUGGAAUAUAUAACCCUGUAGAAGCACAGAAUCAAGCUUGUCCUCCUGGCUGGAAGGGAUCAUCCUGUGUAUAAUCACAGUGCUGCUGUGCGAGAUGGCUAGUGGUCAUCCAUCUAUGUCCCUCAUUGGAGUCCAAGCACAUCCGCUCUGUGAUUUUCUUGAGCUUCAUCUGCCUGGGGAGAGAUUGACCCAGAGCUGCCCCCGACUCAGGUCCCUAUGCUGCAGCAUACUGUGAAGGCCACCAAGGGCAAAUCCUUACACUAGUCUGAAACUUUGGCUCCAAAAAAAAAAAAAUCUGCUUUUUUAUAAUUUAAAAAAUAAAUAAAUCUGUAAAUAUUUCUAGUUUUCUAUUUUCUGAUACUUUCCUUUCUUUUGAGACUCGUUGAAGGCUUUUUAUAGAGAUAUUUUGGUACCAUACCUGUGCAGACAGAGAAAGUAUGGUCUGCAGCCUGAAGUGCCAAUUCAGGGCUAUUAGGAGUAAUUACUCUUGAACUUUGUUACAUUUCAUAGCUCAUUACUCUUGGGUUUACAUUUAACAACCUGAGCCAUAAAUCUCCCAGUGUACUCAGUAUGGCAGUUGGGCCACAUUCUGUCUUUUUCUAAAUCAGACUUCCUCUUACCUGUUUGCUUUGGCUGGCAAAGGUGCAUCUGAUUCUUUUUGUAGGAUUUUGUAAACAAUGACUUGGUUUUUCCUACAUAAAGGAGAUGUUUCAGUUUGUCUGUGUGUCGGCUGUUUUGAUCCCUUCCAGCAGUACCCCCACUGCUUAAAGCUUUAAACUGCCUGAUUAUUGCAAUUUUAGGACACAGUCCUUACUUAGCUAGCACCUUUCCUGACUACAAUGGGAGAUUUUUGCCUACUAAGAAUAGCAUCCUUAAACACUACAUGGAAUACUUGUGCACUGAUACAUACUAAUGAGAAAGGUAGUGAACUAGCAGGCAAUGAAUAAUGGUUUUAUAUUUCCUUGCUGGAAACCUAAUUUUUUGGUAAAGUGAACUUGAUCUCUGGCUAGUUCUGGUUAGUAACAGUCCUGCCCCAUAAAAGUAUACGAGAUGGGAAUAACUUCCAAGGCUGUGGUCCAUAGGACAAAUGGAACAUGGAUACUUUAACUGUCGUCCUCCAUAAAAGAGAUGCCCUCUCCAAAUUAAGGCAUAGGUACAAUAUGUUAGCAGAAAUGAGCAUUCUUCACUUCUCCGUAGUAGCAGCUGCAAGGCGUCAGGAUGGUACACCUUUCCUUUGCACUAAUCUCUCGCUCAUGUCAACAUCCAUAAAGUCUUUAAAUAUUUGAGAUUGUUUUAAACUUUCACUCAACGUCUGUUUUUCCUGGGACAUCUUAAUUGUCAACUUUUAAGCAUGGUGUAUGGAGAAUUAAACAAGGCAGUCACAUCAUUUUAAUAGGGAUUGUGUA